AUGAAAACCUUCAUCUUAUUGAUUACGGUGUGCGCCGCCUUCGCGAUGGCGAAAGGAGCAUCUCUGGAGAGAGUCCUUGCACCAGUGCAAAGUGCUGCACCUGCUGACCUCGAAACCGCCGAAGAUCAUUACCACGGGUACGGCGGCCACCAUUUCCAUGGGUACGGCGGAUACGGGCACGGUGGAUACGGACUCGGCGGAUACGGACACGGUUACGGCCACGGCUACGGAAACUAUGGCCACGGUGGUUACGGAUACGGCGGCCACGGCUACGGCAUCGGCCCCGGUCUCGGCGGGAUUUACUUCGGAUUUGGAAGAUAG